GUGAGUGCGCGCGUCGGGGCUACAGUGGAUGUGCGAAUCACAGCAGCAGCUCGGCAACGUGAUGAGGUGGGCGCCUUGUCUCAUUCCUUCCUCUCAGCCAGCCGCAAUGCGAGACCAGACCGGGGGACAGAUAUCUCAACGCUACUGAAAACUGGGAGGAAUAACUGAUCAAUUAAGAAGACAUUUGAAACCCGAUAGAUAAACGAGAUAAAGGAAAAGACGGAGAAAUGGAGCCGGUGGGCUCGUUUCUUCCCGGUAAAUCCGGGAGCUCGCACUUUGAUCCGGUGGUCUUUGUCAAACAGCCGCGGACCAUCCUCAGACUACUGUGCUGGGUGAGACACCGAGACGUAUUCUCUAUGGUCGUGUUCAGCUGUAUAGUGAACGAAGGCUACAUGAACAUCGGCAGCGAGCGGUUGCUAUGCGUCUUCAAUAAGAACGCCGAUGCCUGUAACUACGGCGUUACCGUGGGCGUGGUCUGUUUCCUAGGCAGCGUCUGCUUCCUGGUUCUCGACAUCUACUUCCCCACCAUUCACAGUGUCCGACUCAGGAGGAGAGCAACUCUCAUCGACAUGGUCUUCUCUGCCCUGUCCAGUUUCCUGUGGUUCGUGGGUUUCUGUUUCCUGGCCAAUCAGUGGCAGCAGACGACAGAAGAAGAGCUCCCAUUGGCUCAAGGCUCCGACGCCGCCAGGGCUGCUGUUGCCUUCUGCUUCUUCUCCAUCCUCACCUGGGCUGGCCUGACGGCGCUUGCUCUCCAGACAUUCAUCAACCUGUUCCAAAAUUUCAGCCUCUUCACCGAUCAGCUCGACGACAACGCCGGUUACCACGACAACGCCCGAGGCACGCCCGUCGCCAACGGAGUCACCAUAGUAACCACCAACCCCUACCAGCAGGCCCCUCCCUUCAGCGAAACUCUGAGUCUGGACCCUUCUGCCCUCACACCUGCUCCUGUCUUCUAGAGGGAGAGAGGAGAGAAAGAUGGAGAGAGGAGAGAGGGAGAGAGGAGAAAUGGAGAGAGGAGAGAAGAGAGAAAGAUGGAGAGAGGGAGAGAGGAGAAAUGGAGAGAUGAGAGAUGGAGAGAGGAGAGAGGGAGAGAUGGAGAGAUGGAGAGAGAGGAGAGAUGGAGAGAGGAGAGAGAGAUGGAGAGAGGAGAGAGGGAGAGAUGGAGAGAGGAGAGAGGAGAGAUGGAGAGAUGAGAGAUGGAGAGAGAGGAGAGAUGGAGAGAGGAGAGAGAGAUGGAGAGAGGAGAGAGGGAGAGAUGGAGAGCGGAGAGAGAGGGAGAAAUGGAGAGAGGUAGAAAUGAGAAAGUAGGAGGGAGGAGAGAGGGAGAGAUGGAGAGAGGAGAGAGAGGGAGAGAUGGAGAGAGGAAAGAUGGAGAGAUGGAGAGAGAGGAGAGAUGCAGAGAGAGGAGAGAUGGAGAGAGAGGGAGAGAAGAGAUAGAUGGAGAGAGAUGAGGAGGAAUGGACAGAGAGAGAUGGAGAGAGAGAGAGAGAAGAGAUAGAUGGAGAGAGAGGGAGAGAAGAGAUAGAUAGAGAGAGAUGAGGAGGAAUGGACAGAGAGAGAUGGAGAGAGAGAGAGAGAAGAGAUAGAUGGAGAGAGAGGGAGAGAAGAGAUAGAUGGAGAGAGAUGAGGAGGAAUGGACAGAGAUAGAUGGAGAGAGGAGAGAUGGAGAGAGAGGGAGAGAAGAGAUAGAUGGAGAGAGGAGAGAUGGAGAGAGAGGAGAGAUGGAGAGAUGGAGAGAAGAGAUAGAUGGAGAGAGAUGAGGAGGAAUGGACAGAGAGAGAUGGAGAGAGAGAGAGAGAAGAGAUAGAUGGAGAGAGAGGGAGAGAAGAGAUAGAUGGAGAGAGAUGAGGAGGAAUGGACAGAGAGAGAUGGAGAGAGAGAGAGAGAAGAGAUAGAUGGAGAGAGAGGGAGAGAAGAGAUAGAUGGAGAGAGAUGAGGAGGAAUGGACAGAGAUAGAUGGAGAGAGGAGAGAUGGAGAGAGAGGGAGAAAAGAGAUAGAUGGAGAGAGGAGAGAUGGAGAGAUGGAGAGAGAGGGAGAGAAGAGAUAGAUGGAGAGAGAUGAGGAGGAAUGGACAGAGAGAGAAUAGGAAAUAGUUUCUAGGCGUGAUACCGUUGUGACAUGACAGAGGUUGGAGCUUCAAGAUGCUCAGGGUUAGCCUGAUUGGCCGACUGAGGGUCAGGUGAUGCUGGCUCUCUGUCACCAUGGCAACUGCUGGCUCAGUCUAGGAUUCACACAGAGCAGGAACUAGAGCACACACACAGAGAGGCCGUUUUACUCAGAGAGGUUUAUAACAUUGUUGUAAAUAUAGUAGUCUACAUCCCCUUAUGAAGGUCCUGUGGAACUCAUUAUUAAAGCUGUAGGAAACAGAGAGAAUAGAGAGAGAGAGAAUAGAGAGAGCUCCCCAGACACAGAGGAGCCCUCCACCAGAAAGACAUGUUAUGAACACUAUUGAAAAGAGAGAUAGACAGGAAGAGAGAGAGAGAGAGACAGAGGGGGAGAGAGGAAGAGAGGGAGAGAGAGACAGAGAGAGAGAGAGAUAAGAGGAGAGAGAGACAGGGAGAGUGAGGAGAGUGUGAGAGAGAGAGAGACAGAGAGAGACAGAGAGAGACAGAGAGACAGAGAGACCUUCAUUAGAGUGGCUGUAAAUCCUGUUAUAAUGUGAAAUAAUUCAUGUCAUUAAAUAUUUUAUUGUAAAAUGCUGAAGCUGGAAUAUGAAAAAUAAAACCACACGACAACAAGAACCAA